ACUCAACACACAAACGCACAAACACACACAAGCACACACAUUCACACUACACACACACACACACACACACACACACACACACACACAAUAUAUUUUAGGGAGAGGGCACGAGAAGGUAUAGUGUCUGUUAUAUCGCGAGCGUGUUGUGACAUGCUACCAGAUCGAAUUGAUUUCAAACUACGAAUCCUGUUCGAGGCUAGACAAGGAAGAGUUUCGGGUUGUUAGCGGGGAAUCCCUGUUUGUUCUAAGAGAAAGCAAUCAUGUCGGACGGCCGUUUUGUUAAAUAUCGGGAGCUUGGCCAAGGAGCUUUCGGAACUGUUUACCUAAUACAAGACAAGAGCGAUCUACAGUUCUAUGCUCUGAAAGAGGUGGACCUCGGCAAAUGUUCUUCUUCCGAGAAAAGAAAGGCCUUGGAGGAGGCAGAGAUCAUGAAGGAACUGCAGCACAACCACGUGGUCCAAAUAUUCUCCUCCUACAUACAGGAGGGACAGCUGUGCAUCAUCACCGAGUACUGCGAGGGGGGAGACCUGGCGCAGUUUCUCGAAGAUUCUCAGGAAGUCCUGCCAGAGGAACUCAUCGUCUGCUGGGUCUGGCAGAUGGCGUCUGCUCUUGAGCAUAUGCAUUCGAAAGACAUUCUUCACAGAGACUUAAAGCCACAGAACAUCUAUUUAACAAAAAACGCCGACAUCAAGCUGGGUGAUCUUGGAAUUGCCAGAGUUAUGGAUCAGGGCACAGACCUUUUAUCUACUAUGGCUGGUACGCCAUGUUACAUGAGUCCAGAAAUUUUCAGUAUGAAAGGAUACAAUUCAAAGACGGAUAUUUGGAGUUUUGGGUGUGUUGUGUACGAAAUAGCUGCCAAGGAAAGAGCUUAUGAUGCGCCGGUGCUGCAGUUUCUCGUUUUUCAAGUUGUGUCUGGCAAGACGCCAUCAGUUCCUGAUAAUUUUUCUACGGAUCUGCAACGAUUAGUGGGACUGAUGUUGAGUAAAGAUGUCGACAACAGACCAACAGCUACAGAAAUAAUGUCUACUCCACCCGUUAAAGAAUACGCCAGGACAAUGAAAUCAGCUCGAGCUAUCAUCAAAUCAUCUGGUUACAAAACUUUGUGGGGUACGGACACAUCAAUGGUACAAAAGGCCGCCAAUACGCGCGCAGAAAGGUCCCCUGAGCCCAUCAAGAUCCCACUGGACUCCUUGCCCCUGGCCAGAAAGAGGUUAGGAAUCGAAGCAUCACCAGAGAAGAAAGCAGCUACUCCAAAAGGAAAAGGCGUACCUUCAGAACUUCAGACCAUUUUGGCGGGCAAAGGAGCCAAGAAGGAUAAAAUGGUCAAGAAAGUGCCCACGUUCAGCUCCUCUACCAGUGAUACCUCGGGAAUACUUCAGAGAUUCGUAUCUCUGACGAUGGAUACAGUUAAAGAAAAUGCAACGGUUAGAGGUAGUGAACAAGACACCAUCACCCCGGGAGCUCCGAUAACCAAAGAAAAUCAAGGACAGUUCUUGAUGAAUCAGAUUGUUCUUUUGCAACAAUACUGUGCACAAGGAAUUGGGAUGGGUACUCUUCAACAAGCUUAUCGAGUCAUGUCACACGUUGGACAUGCCGGUCAACUAAAGAAAGAGCUCGAGUCCUUGCUUGGCAAAGAUAACUUUAAGGUUUAUGGAGAAAAGAUCAUGUUCCUCAGGUUAUUUGAGCUCGCCGUCGAUAAGGCUCAGUCUGGUGCUACGUCAGACUAGACAGUCGACAGAAGAGCUCAGCAGAUUUCAAUGGGUUGGCCGAGGGUUUCCGGGAUUUCAGCCUCUGUUAAUCAAGGUCACCAUUGAAAGCACACACAACUUGGUUGACCACGCAUUACAGCUUUGAGAACAUAAUAUGGGAAGAUAAUAUGCUGAUCAAUACGUAUCUAAUCCGUUUUCGCCGCUAUAUUUAUUUUAACUUAUUUUUGUGCUUAUAUCUAAUUAAGAUUCAAGCACGCUGUCCUGGGCACACACCUCAGCUAUUUGGGCUGCUGUUUAGAAUAGUGGGAUAGUGGUUAGUAGGUGCAGUGGCCAUACACCUACCCACUGAGCCAUUAAGAACUCGAUCUGGGUUGGAGCUGGUACCGGGCUGCGAACUCUGUACCUACCAGCCUUUAGUCCGAUGGCUUAACCACUGCGCCACCAUAUACAGUAGGUUGGAAAACGUGUGUAAAAGAAGACAAACUAUAACCAAAAGAUUAUCUAAGGAACAAUAUCAUUAAAUAGUGGUUCGUAUUCACUGUUCAACGCACUUUUAUCAUUUCAAAUCUUCCAGGAAUUCAGUGGCAUCUGGUAACUUCCUACAGUUCAUUCGGUACUUAUAGCAAUGUUCAGUAAUUGUGUUGUAUAAUAUUUAGACAUUUGGAAUAGAUCAUCAAGUUGUUGUGUGUUUUUUUGCCUGUGGUAAGUUAUUUUGCAGUUUCACCUGUCAUGUUUAUUCUAGGUUAUCAACAAAUACAAUUUUCAUUUAUUUAAAUGGUAAAAAUGCUCUAAGUACAUAACAAAACAAAACAAAACGUUUCUCUUAAUUAGUAAAUAAAGUAUGGAUCUUUAAAAUUAUUACUAUAUAUUUAUUUUAUUGAUAGUAUUAUUUUUGUAGCCAUUACAUUUAUCAUUGCGAUACCUUGUGUGUUUUUUGUUUUCCUUUAUUAAACCUGCUGUCUAAUUAUAGAACACAUAAAAAACGUUAUUGCGUCUUUUUUUCUGUUUCCUUUCUUCUUUCUCAUUUUCAAUAAUAUUUCUUAUUGUUCAUAAGUAAAUUGCAUUACUAUAUUACUGUCGUGACAUGGAGAAGGCCUAGUAAGUUGUGUAACUUGUGCCUAAUCCAAUAAAAUAUGUUUCAGUCAAUUUAUUUGUAUUUAGCAUUUGUGAAAUAAGUUAAAGUUGCAGUCUCUAGAAUAUGUUUAAUACGUGUAUCUAUAAUCUAGGCAUGUAGAAUACAUCAUCAACUAAUGUUGUUGGUUGUUUGUUUGUUUGUGUAUGUGUGUGGCGCACCGUUAUUUUAUUUUAUUUAGAUCUCAUUUGAAUCUAAGGCGAUGCCACACGAUACGAGUCCCUCAUACAAGAACAUAUAUACGGGAAUAGCCGAUUGUGAUUAGACACGUAUUACGCUUUCAUCCGAAUCAUCGGUUGUUAUACAAUCGGCUAUUCUCGUACGACUCACUCGUAUUGUGUGGCAUCGCCUUAAGUUACAUUAAAACACAUGAUUUUAGUUCAAAUAGAUAACGCUUACUGUACGUUGAAAUGCGAUUUAAUUCACACAUAAUUAUACGUCAAGAGAUUACGCACGCGAGUACUUCGCGAAGAAAAAGUCAAAAAUAUAGCUUUUAGUUACAUUCUGCAUCUAAUUGCCAAACUGCUUGAAAAUAUAUAACUACAACGGAAAGCUGGAUUUUUAUUAUUAUUAUUAUUAUUAUUAUUAUUUUUUUUUUGUGCGAUGACGAGUUGUAUAGCCAGUUGACGAUAUCUGUUUACAGUGAAAACAGACGAAUUUAUUUCAGUUUUUUUUCUUGCUUAUAUCCAAUUAAGGUUCAAGAACGCUGUCCUGGGAACACACCUCAGCUAUCUGGGCUGUCUGUCUAGUAGUGGGUUAGAUGUUAGUUGUUAGUGAGAGAA